CAAAGAGACCAAAAAAGACGGUACUUUCACAAUCGACUGCGUACCAUGUAGCUGGAUGCGAUCCGACCAUGAAAAUGGACACAUGUUGGCGAAAUUUGCACCACCACCAUACGGAAACAAAACAGCUAAUAAAUUAUUAGAAUCAUUGAUAAAAUCACAAAGCCCUGCUUUGCCGAAUUGGCCAGAAUAUGUCGUAGAACUUGUUGGUCAUGCAGACACAUAUGAGAAAUCUAUUGAAAGACUAGGCAUUUUGCAAAACGAUGAAUUUGCUUAUACAACAGAUUCUGACAACACAGGACAAGAAAAGGCAUCUCAAAUAACUGAAAAAAUAAAGAAAGAGAGCUUAGAAAAAAUCAUGGAAGUGCCAAGACUUGAGAGCGAUGAUUCAGGUGAAUUGGAAAACGAUACGAGGCAAGAUGAUGACGCGUGCAAUGGAACCCGCGCGCCGAUGUGACGUGCCGCGCUAGAUAAAUUAAUUGUUUUCCUCAAAUAAUAAUAAUUUCUCCAUCAAUUAAAAAUACGUUAUGGAUAAAAAAUUUGACGUAGAAUACGAUGGUUGUGCUAAGAACUCGCUACGAGGUUGGGGCAAUUGGUAAAAAUCGAUUGAAAGAUUUUAAUUGUUUAUAACAGUAUAAAUUUCGGAAUAAUCGUU